UAAAAAAGGGAAAAAAAUCCAAUGAAAAAUAAUGUAAAAGAGAGAAAAGAAAAAAAAAACCCCAUUCAACCAGAAAGUUGGUUUUCAACUUAAUGGUGUGAUUUGUGAAAAUGAUGGUUUCGGAAUCUGCAAAGAGAAAAAAUGCCCUACCCCUUUAGUACUCUCUAAGUUUUCUUUUGUACAUCUCUCAUAAAAACCUCUCUCUAUUCUCCCUUCAUUAUUUUUGGUGAAACAACAUAUUCAUAUGGUUAAUUUCAUGUGGGCUUUCUUGAAAGUUAAGGUAUUUCCCCACCCAAAAGGCAAGAAGAAGAAGAAGAAGAAGAAGAAGAAGAAGAAGAAGAAGAAGAGUAUCAGCUUGAUCUGCCAUUCUCAAUGAAGAUAAUGAAAAGCUUUCACAUUGGUUAUAAGGGGAUAAAAUGAAAACAGCAAGGCUGAAGGAAAAGAACAAGAAAAAGGAAAUGAAAGAUCAAAAACCAUAAUUCAACAAGGGGUAAUUAUGAAGGGAUAAAAACAGUCGCAUCAAACAAAAUGUUGGGGUGGGGAUUGGGAAAGAGACAAAGAUGAUAAUGGUAUUCACAGAACCCACUUGCUUAAAAAUGGUCGUCGUUUUCCUCAAAGCAGAGUUUGAAGAGAGAGAGAUAGAGAAGGGGUUUUGUUGCAGUUUAGGCAAUGGAAAAAGAGGGAAUUUGGAGAAAUGAUUUUGAUUGGCGGAGCUUGGAAAGAUGGGCCGGCCCAAUAAUUAUUGAAGAUGAUAAUUUCUCUCUUUUUCUCUCUUCACUCUCAAGUCUCUAACCUUUUAUUAAGGUUGAAAUUUUGUUGCUCACUUGGUUGGGGAUGUUGGACUGUGGUCUCUGUCUUGGAGUAGUUUACUGUAACUCUUCUUUAUGGUGCCUUACUCCCCUCCACUAAUUUCCAAUUCGAUCAUUAAAGUAGGCCCCAUUGUUUGGAUUGCAUUUGUACGGCUCACAAUUCUGUAGGGUCCUUAAUAAUUAAUAAUGGAGAGAGAGAGAGAGAGAGCAGUGAAAUUGUGCUUCACAUGGGCCUGAGUUUAUCAAUAUUGGGCUGGUUGUGACAGAUCUGACCCUAAUAGUAAGCAAUUGGGCUUUUCUCAUGAAGCCCACAUUGAGAAUAGUCAACCCACUUGCAUAUAGAUCCAGGGAGAAGUUCCAGUCUAGUGGCUAGAAAGGUUUGAUUCAGUAGUGACUUUUCUUUUUUCCAAUGAGAGAGAACUUGUACCCUUUUAGAAGAACCAAAAGCUAAAGAGGUAACAUGAGCAAAUCAUAAUUAUUUUCAUUAUUCAAUCUCGUAGAAAAAUAUAACUAAGAAAAAGGCAUGUUUGCCAAUGUUCCUGACCUUGACAAAAAUCAAAGGAAUGAUCAGUAAUAUGUCUUAUUUAUCAAGAGAAGUAAGCAAUGGCCAUCAAAAUCAGCACUGCAUAUGGGGAAAUGGUAAAAAAAACCAGUGAUGACCAUUCAGAACAAGCAAGAGAAAAAUGGAAGCAAUUUGAAUUGUUAAUUGCAGUCAUGCUUUGGACUAUAUAUCUGAAAUUCCAAAUAGAUUAUAAAAAAAGGGGCUGACCCAUUUUUUUGUUCUUAGAAAAUGACCAUCGUUUGGGGAUCUUAUGAGCUAAGUUUUCAAUACUCCCUAUUAAGAAACUUCCAAAAACACAGAGUUGAAUAUUUGCAAGACGACUUUGAGAGGAGACUGCCCACAAAGUUUGACGAGGUUAACUUGAUGCAACUGUUGCAUAGGCUUCAAAUAUAAAAUUAAUUUGGGAUCUGACUAUUUUGAGGAGGCAGGAGAUUGCUCCAAGUGGCAGCAACCCAGAAGUUCUCCUAUUGUCCAUACUCUGCCAGACAAACAGAAACUGCCAAAACCCCCCCCUUCCAAUUGGUAUUGUAUCUUUUCUCUUUCCCAAUGAAAUCAGAUUGAAAUUUUUCAAAUGAAUAUUUUAUUUUUCACGUUUGAAGGAGUUUUGAAGUUUUCCUCCUAGUAAUCUAUGUCUGACAUGAUGUAGUGUUGAUAAAAACUAUGAACAGAGUCUAUCCAUGGAGUGAGAAUGGCCAUGGAUGUUGCUCUUUCCCCAGUGAUGGCAGCUUCAGGCUUUUUGCCUUCUGGGUCUCUGCUGCAAUCACUGAUUCUCCUAUCCAAUGAAGUUGCUUCUGAGGAGAAGGCUCCUUUUGUACAGGCUAGGAUUCUCUCAACCAUGAGAAGAAGAAUCAAGCUUCUUGCUUUCUUAUUUGAAGAGGUUCAGGAAUCAAAUUGUCAACUUCCUCCAUCUUCCAUUCUCUGUCUCACUGAACUCUUUUCGGUAAUCCGAAGAGUUAAGAUUCUGACACAAGACUGUGAGGAAGGAAGCUGUCUGUGGAGCUUACUACAGACUCAGUUCAUUUCCAAUCAGUUCUAUCUGCUAGUGAAGGAGAUUGGGAGGGUACUUGAUAUAUUACCUCUCAGCUUGCUUAAAUUAACAGAUGAUACAAGAGAACAGGUGGAGCUUCUUCACAGUCAAGCUAAGCGAUUGGAGUUUUCAGCCGAUCCACGAGAGCUUCGGAGAAGAGAAGAGCUUCUUCAACUAAUGAACAACAAGGACAGAAACUACAAGAACAAAGGUUUGGCAGAAGUGGGAAAAGUCAAGGAGAUUUUCAAUAGUGUUGGGCUGAGAAGCCUAGUGGACUGUGAUGAAGAAAUUUCAAAACUAGAGGCAGAAGCUCUGAAGCAAGCAGGAACAGGUGGAUUAAUUGUGGUUUCAAAUAUAAAUAAUAUCAUUUCCCUAGUUAUGCAUGCCAAAUCAGUGAUCUUCAGUACGAAAGAAAAUGAGAAUGCUGGAGAAAAAUUCAACUUACAGUUUCAACACUCACACAAGCAUUUAGAUCAGUCAUCUUCUUCCCAAUCGUUGGUUCCAAUUCCAGACGAUUUUCGAUGCCCCAUUUCACUAGAUUUGAUGAGAGACCCUGUAAUUGUAUCAUCGGGUCAUACUUAUGAUCGUAAUUCGAUAGCCCAAUGGAUUGACUCAGGGCAUCAUGUAUGUCCCAAGAGUAACCAGAGGCUAAUUCAUAUGGCCCUCAUACCAAAUUAUGCACUCAAAAGUUUGAUGCAACAGUGGUGCCAUGAAAACAACGUUAAUUUGAAUGAAUCAACAAAACCAUUUUCUUACUCUGAUCUGGAAAGAAGCAACAGCAAAAGAUACCUUUCAGAGGAGCCGGUCGAUCACAUUUCCGUGUCCAAAGCAGCUUCCGACGCCGUCAAAAUGACAGCCGAGUUUCUGGUGGGAAAACUUGCAACUGGGUCACCAGAAAUUCAAAGACAAGCGGCGUAUGAACUCCGGUUACUAGCAAAAACAGGAAUGGAUAACCGACGGAUAAUUGCAGAGGCAGGAGCGAUACCAUUUCUAGUGACAUUGUUGAAAUCCGGCGAUCCAAGGAUCGAAGAAAAUGCUGUGACUGCAUUGUUCAACCUCGCAAUCUUCAACAACAACAAGAUCCUGAUAGUGGCAGCGGGGGCAAUAGACAACAUAACACACAUCUUAGAAUCGGGGAAAACAAUGGAAGCAAGAGAAAAUGCGGCAGCAACAAUAUUUAGCCUAACCAUGGUGGAUGAGUUUAAAGUAACAAUAGGAGCGAGUCCGAAAGCCAUACCAGCACUGGUGAGGCUACUGAAAGAAGGCAAUUCAGCUGGGAAACGAGACGCCGCCACCGCACUUUGCAAUCUAGGCCUUUACAAUGCGAACAAAGCCAGUAUUGUAGUCGCUGGGGCAGUGCCAUUACUGAUCAACUUGCUGACGGAUGACAAGGCAGGCAUCACAGAUGACGCCUUGCAGGCGCUCUCUCUGGUUUUGGGUUGCUCUGAAGGGCUGCAGGAGAUAAGAAAGAGCAGAGUUUUGGUGCCCCUGCUCAUUGAUCUUUUAAGAUUUGGAUCUCCAAAAGGGAAAGAGAGUUCAAUUACACUCUUAUUGGGGCUCUGCAAAGAUGGAGGAGAGGAAGUUGCGAGGCGUCUGUUGAUAAAUCCUCGAAGUAUCCCUUCUCUGCAGAGCUUGGCAGCAGAUGGAUCACUGAAGGCUCGAAGGAAAGCUGAUGCAUUGCUUAGACUGCUUAACAGAUGCUGCUUUCAAUCUCAGCCAUGUUGAAUGGGACAAUGUAGAUAAAAUACUGCAGAAGUAAAUAUUUGUGCAAACUCUAAAGAUGAAUUUACAGGUUUUUUUGGUUUGUUGAUUGAAAGAUUGACCUCACCAAUAAAUCUUCUUUUUACCUCUCCUUUUUUCACCUCCUUCCAUUGAGAAGGUUGCGAACAAAUUUUGUUAGCUUUCUUUCUUUACUCCGUGUUUCAGCCCAUGAUCUUCUCAUCAAGUUGUGGACCACUUUCUAGCUACUUUUAGAAACCAUGGGUGUUCUUUUAGCUGGUUCCUCGUGAAGCUCCGUUUUCAACUGCUGUUUUCUCUACGAUGAAAAAUGAAAGUGUAACGCAAGAUUUCCAUAAAUUUGGGGGAAGAGACGAGAUGAGGAGAAAGGAUAAGCAGCAGCUUAACAAGAACUUAUAAUUGAACACGCCUGGACUAAGAGAAGAGGCCACAU